AUGAAACUCCUCAAGUGGAACUGCCAAGGGCUUGGGAACUCUUGGACAAUUCAAAGCCUUCACAAGUUAGUGAGGGAUCAAGCUCCCACAGUCUGUUUCCUAAUGGAGACUAGACUGGAUAAAAAAGGUUUUGCUAAACAUGGUAGAGAUUUGCCUUUUCAGAAUAAGUUCAUUGUUAAGAAACCUUAUUCUGGAGGGGGGGGGGGAUUAGCAUUGUUAUGGAAAUCUGAAGUUCGGUUAGAUGUUCUUAACUACAUAGAAAAUCACAUAUUAGCGAAGGUGGUUGAGGAUGAUGGUUUCACUUGGUUUUUGACUGGGUUCUAUGGGUGGCUAGAAGAUAGUGAGAAAAAGAAGUCUUGGGUGCUUUUAUCUCAUAUUUCCUCGUUUGUGGAUGGGCCAUGGUGUUGUAUAGGUAUAGACCGUGACUUCAGGAGGAGUGGGUCUCGUGGUUUCAGGUUUGAAGAAUCUUGGCUGAUGUGGGAGGAUUGUGAAGGAGUGGUAAUGGAUUCUUGGACCAAUUCGGGUGGUGAGGUUGCUGGUCUACGUGCAACAGUGGACAAAAUUAAGGAAUGUGGGGCGGAUUUACUGGCUUGGGGUUCGGCCAAAACAGCUCCUGCUGUGAAUGAAAUAAAAAUGUUAACUAAAAAGAUUGAGAAGAUGAAUGAAGAAGAGUUAAUGGAGGAAAGUAGGGAGGAGAGGUGCAAGAGGAAUUUCAUUCAGGGUAUUCAAAACCAACAUGGUAAUUGGGUGGAGGAUAUUGGAGAAGUGGCAGAGGUGGCUAUUAAUUAUUUUGAGACAAUUUUUCACUCAGGUACUUAUGAGAGAAUGGAAGAAUGUCUGAACACAGUCCCUCAAAAGAUGACUACAGAGAUUACAGAAGAGUUGACAAGGCUGUAUAGUGUCGAGGAAGUAAAAACAGCAUUAUUUCAGAUGGGACCGACCAAAGCUCCAGGACCCGAUGGUAUGAAUGCUCUUUUUUACCAAAAGUUUUGGCAUAUAGUUGGUAAUGAUGUUUGUUCUGCUGUGUUGGAUUUUUUGAAUUCUGGAACAAUGUUACCUGAAAUAAAUUACACUCAUAUUGUUCUUAUUCCAAAAGUUAAGUCACCAGAGAAGAUGACAGAUUUCAGACCUAUUAGUUUGUGUAACAUAAUUUACAAAAUUAUUUCUAAAGUUUUGGCUAAUAGACUGAAAAUUAUUCUACCCCAGUUGAUCUCCCCCACCCAGAGUGCUUUUGUGCCAGGAAGACUUAUAACUGAUAACGUGCUACUAGCUUAUGAAACCUUACAUGCCAUGCAUGGGAGAAAAAAGGGGAAGAAAGGAACCCUAGCUUUGAAACUUGAUGUCAGUAAGGCUUAUGAUCAAGUGGAAUGGGAUUUUUUGAAGGGUAUGAUGAUUAGAUUGGGAUUUCUGGGGGUAUGGAUUAAUAGGGUGAUGAGUUGUGUCUCCACUCCUUCUAUUUCAGUUCGGAUUAAUGGUAAAGCAUAUGGAAAUAUUAUCCCUUCAAGAGGGCUCCGCCAAGGGGACCCUUUAUCACCUUAUCUGUUUCUUUUGUGUGCAGAAGGGUUUACGUCUUUGCUUUCCAAAGCAGAAUUUGAAGGGCGGCUUCAUGGGGUCCAAAUUUGUAGACGGGCUCCAUGUAUUUCACACUUGCUUUUUGCUGAUGACUCCUUAAUAUUCUUUCAGGCAAAUCAGGAGGAAGUGCAAGAGGUCUCUAAUACAUUGCAUUUGUAUGCAGAAGCCUCUGGACAAUGCAUUAAUUUUGAGAAGUCAUCUGCAUAUUUUAGUAGUAAUACUUCUGAGAGACAAAGACAAUGGAUUAAGCAAGCUUUGGGAGUAAGGGAAGUGGACAGAUUUGAUUCUUAUUUGGGGCUGCUGACUUUGGUUGGGAGGGCCAAAUAUCAAACUUUUGCAUAUCUUAAGGAACGGGUGUGGAAAAAACUCCAGGGGUGGAAAGGCAAAAUGUUAUCUCGUGCUAGAAAAGAAGUUCUUAUCAAAGCAGUGGCCCAAUCAAUCCCAACAUAUACUAUGGGAGUCUUCUUGUUACCGGAAGGUGGUAUGGGAUUCCGGGAUAUUAGGAGUUUUAAUCUAGCUAUGCUAGCAAAGCAAGGGUGGAGGCUGACUCAAGACCAAGACUCACUGUUAACUAGGUGUUUCAAGACCAAGUACUUUCCAAGAUGUAGUUUUCUGGAGGCAGCUGAUUGUCCUAACAGCUCCUAUGUUUGGAAGAGUGUGUUGGUUGCUCAAAAUAUUCUACAAACAGGGUGUUAUUGGAGGGUGGGCACAGGUUCCUCAAUACGAGUAAAGGAAGACAAGUGGAUACCAAAUCAUCCUGAGAAUAAGGUGUUGUUUCCAACUGAAAAUGAUGAAUGGGAAUGGAGAGUCUUAGAAUUAAUUGAUUGGAAUGUGCACAGAUGGGAUAGGGAGAGGAUUUAUAUGUGUUUCAAUCAGUUUGAUACUGAGGCAAUUCUGAAAAUUACGUUGAGCAGGAGACAUGUACAAGACAGAUUGGUCUGGAAGUUUGGGCGCAAGGGGAAGUACGAGGUUAAGUCGGGUUAUCAUAUGGCUCGUAUGUUAGAUGGAGACACCAAUGGAAGGGAGGAGAGUGCAGUCCCAAGGAGAAACCACCGACUCUGGAACCAACUUUGGCAACUCCAUGAAGAUAGGUGUGAUUUAUGCAGACGGUAUCCAGAGACGAUUGUCCAUGCAAUAUGGGAUUGUAGUGCUGCUCAGGACGUUUGGGCUGGGUCCACUGUCCGGAUACAGAAGUGUGGUGGGGAGUUUGAUGAUUUUAUGCAGCUUUUUCAUGCUAUGAUGGCCAAACUUUCAGUUGAAGAGCUCGAGACUUUUUUAGUCCAAUGCUGGCUUAUUUGGCAUCAUAGAAACUCGCUGUUAUAUGGUGGUAGCAUGCAACAUCCUGUGCAGUUAAACAAGAGAGCCACAGAUUAUCUAAAGGAGUACCAAGAGGCUCAGAGUUCCUUGGCAGUUGGUUCGCUAUAUAAGCUGAAUUUUGAUGCGGCUAUCUUCGCUAAUAGUUCAGGGAUUGGUGUGGUGAUCCGGAACGCUGCUGGGGAGGUUAUGACAGCUCUUUCUGCAAGGGGGGCAGUGGUGAUUAACAGUGAGGAAGCGGAAGCGAUGGCCUGCCGGAAAGCUCUAGAGUUUGCUAUUGAUGCAGGGUUCUCGGAACUGGUUGUGGAAGGGGACAACUCGGUAGUUUUGUCCUCUGUUUCAUCCACUAAUCCAGACUGGUCGUGCUUGGGGGUGAUUUAUGAUUAUAUUAGACACUUAGCAGCAGGUCUUCAUUAUGUCUCUUUUAAUUGUAUUCGGCGUGGUGCCAAUUCAAUAGCCCAUUCACUAGCUAGAUAUGCUAAUGUUCUAGAUGAGGAAGUUGUGUGGUUGGAAGAUUCUCUGCCACCAGCUCAUGAUGCUUUGUACUUUGACUCUUCUUUUCUAAAUGAAUGA